AUGGCGAGUCCAUGGGACAGCUCCUCGAGCACCCCCUGGGGCACACUGGGGCAGGCCUCGAACGUGCUGCAACUGGUCGGCGUGGACGCGCUGGGGCUGGUGUCCAUGGUGGUGCAGGCCGCCCUGGUGGCGCGCCGCCACCGGGACGCCUGCGUGCGGCUCGCGCAGCACGUGGAGCUCGUCGGCAGCCUGCUAGGCGAGCUGGAGGUUGCGGAGCUGAUGCGGCGGGAAGCCACCAGGCGUCCGCUGGAGCAGCUCCGCUGCGCGCUGAGGCGGUGCUACGCGCUCGUCACGGCGUGCCAAGACUGCGGCUACCUCCGCCGCCUGCUCCUGGGCGCGCGGAUGGCCGACGAGCUCCGCGCAGCGCAGCACGAGAUUGACAUGUUCAUCCGCCUCAUCCCGCUCAUCGCCCUCGUCGACAAUUCUACCAACAGUCGUAGUGAGGCUGACGACGGGGUGCUGACUGUAGUCACGGAUAGUUCAAAUCGUUACACCAGGUUUCCCACAAGAGCUUUGGAGUUCACCAAAAUACGCAUUCAAGCAACUGCAGAAAUUUGCAGUGUUGGAGAAGAACCAUUUGUAGGAAAAUUGGACCUGCAAGAACAGAAAAUCUUCGACAUUGAAGAACUUGUUGACCUUUGUACCAAUAUAGAAGAAGCUUGCACAGGAUUCACAAAGUUCAACUUCUUUCAGAUAGUGGAUGCUACAGACAAUUUCUCAGAAAAGAGAAUAGUUGGGUGGGGUGGAUUUGGUACUGUUUAUAAGGGUGAGUUGCCGGAUGGAGUUAUGGUUGCCAUUAAACGGCUUGGUGAGCAUGCAUCAGUAUUUGAUUUUAAAAGUGAACUGCAGCUUGCAAAGCUUCAGCAUACCAACCUGGCUAGGUUAUUAGGGUGGUACACCCACGGGAAAGAAAUGAUUUUAGUCUAUACAUUCAUGCAAAAUGGUUCCUUGGACCGCUACAUAUCUGACAAAACAAAAGGAGCAUUGCUCGACUGGUCUAAGCGACUCAAGAUAAUUGCAGGGUUAACAGAGGGCCUUGUUUACCUGCACAAAGGCUCCAUCAUCUGGAUCGUCCAUAGAGACUUGAAACCACAUAAUAUCCUCUUGGAUUACAACAUGAACCCGAAGAUAUCUGAUUUUGGAUCAGCUAGAGCACUUAGUUCAGAAGUAGCAGAAGAGCGUACAAGCAGUGUCACGGGCACUAGUGGUUACAAAGCUCCAGAGUAUGCAUCUCGAGGAAUUUACUCGCUGAAGACAGAUGUGUUCAGUUUCGGCAUCUUGGUUCUGGUGAUCAUCAGCGGACGAAAGAAUACCAUACUCGACAAGCGAGGGGAUACUGUUGGUGAUCUUGUACGAGAUGCCUGGCAUAUGUGGAAGGACCAAAGGUUGUAUGAGCUUGUUGAUCCAGCGUUAGGGAACAGGUAUGACAUCGCUGAGAUAACGCGAUGCGCUCAGGUGGCGCUGCUUUGUGCUCAGGAAGAUCCAGCAGAUCGGCCCACCAUAACAGAUGUUGCUGCAAUGCUGAACCCUGAAAGCAUGAGCUUACCGAUGGAGCCUAAGCAGCCUACGGCGCUGAGUACAGGGAGCGCUGGUGAAGACGCUGCUGUAUCGACAUAUAUGGGCCAAACAAGCAGGACAAUAGACGUAACCAUUACAAGUUCAGCUCCCAUGACAACCAGAGUUCGAAUCAUUCUAGGCCGGGAGAUUUGAUAUGAUGAAGAACAUAUUAUAUAAUUAAAACGUGAGUAAGGAUUAUGGGCUUUUUACAGCUCAGAUAGUUUACAGGAUUUGAGAUAUUAAGAUCAGUUUUGUGAGAGAAAAUAAACA